AUGGCCCAUUCCUCAGGAGCAACCCCGUUGUCGAGCACGAGCCCUCGCCGGCAAAACCCCAUUCGGGAUCCUACCGCAAAUGGUUCGACUGGUCUGCCCCAGUCGCCGAAGCACAAGUGCUCCGACAGUCACAGCAGCCUCUCGUCAUACGCUUCCUCCAACUUGACCUCGGGAUGUCAUUCCAGAAUAUCGUCGUUUUCGACCGUCAGCGGCGGCACCCAGCCGUUCACCCAGCCGGUGAAUGAGAUGCCAUCUUUCGAAACCAAACUGGCGGAGCAUGAGCAACUGAGUCCAGCGGUAGUCGGACAAGAGCCCAGGGCUCUGCGUCCCGCAUCACCUCGGACUUCGAUAUCCCAACCUCAGAUUAUAUCUCCCGCUACAUUCGAUGAUGGUAUCAGCAACCCAGAGAGGGCCGGGAGCCCGUCCGACGCGAUUCUCAUCACCCGUACUGCUGGAAGCAAUCGAUCCAGCCCUAGCGAUGCCUUAAGCCCUCAACAUAUCUCUGCACAACGGGAGACAAACAAUCCGAGCUUUCUCAGCCCACAUCAAGCUCAAGUUCAAGCUCAUUCCCGCCUUCACAAAAGAACGGUGUCUGCCCCCGACUUUGCCGCACUAUCAGCCCCCGCCACCUUCAACCCCUUUCCUUCAGUAUCCGACACCUCAGCCUUUGCGGCGCCUCAACAAGCCUACACCAUGCCCAGUCAAACCGAAUCCGAGUCUGCCACGCCGGCUGCCAACACGGCCCCGCAGCCGGAGAUCAAGUGCAUGUACAUUGAGAACUGCGACACGGGCUCUCAACCUCGCAAGGCCAUCUCGCACAUUUUCGGCCGGAACAAGCUCUGCACCCGUAUGAUCCCCGCCCAUGUCUGGGUCCAUUACUGCCGGAAGCAUUACCAGCGCAGCCGUUAUCGCAACGGUCACGAGUAUGCCAAGCUCCAGAUCGAUCUCGUCGAGCAGCAAAUCGAGCGUGUUCAGAAGUGGAGUGACCAGAACAAGGAGGCUGGCGCCCCUCGUGUUGUGACAAGCUGGUCUCUUGCCAUCCGCAAGCGCGAGCAGAAGCGCCUGGAAGACAAGCAGGACUCCAGGAAGCGGGCAUUCUAUGACGAGUCCGACGAUGAUGGCGCUGAUGAUGCCGUCGCCAGUGGGACUGCCGUGCCCGCCUGGCUGCUCCAGAAAUGCGGCACAGGAUACAGCACCGAGGACAUCCUGGCCAUCGUCGGGCAGCUCAAGACAGAGAUCCACGGCAACCAUCUGAACCAGAUUCCCGACAUUGAAAUUCUGCCCUGCAUAAGCAGUGACGGCACUGAAGGCAAGCCCAAAGCUUCACAGAAGCGCAAGACCAGUGGGCAUGCGACUGGAACCGGUAGCACUCACAAACGGUCCCAGUCUAUGGGUGUCGCUCUUCGUCCGACCGAGCAGUCACAGCUUAUGGUCCGUCGUACCAGCCAGCCUGGUGGGCCUUGGGACCACGAUAACUUCGAGCAUCCCAUGGAAAAGAGGCAGCGGACCUCCGAGCUGGACGCCCCUUACUUUGCCGAUCGUCCUACACAGCCGCAGCCGGUCUUGCCGCGCGCUUCCGAAGGCGAUAUCUCGAACGCGCGGCAUAUGUCACUCGCUCACCGUCCGGCUUACGGCCACGACGCCCGCGAUCAUUUCUCGCAGGAAGAUUACUACUACAGCCUCGGUUCGGCCCGGCAGGGACUCGACUCCUUCCCCCCCUACGUCUUCAGGGGCACUGCCGGCACGCUGGGUUCCACUUCUGCUUCCCCACGCGGCCCGUUGCCUGCUCCCAACUACCAGCGAAGAACCCACCAACUCACCGCCUCGCAGUUUGAGGCGCCAGCUUCUGUCUCGGGAUACACUGAUCCACUCCGCCCUGCCCCGUACCAUCAGCGAUCCCAGAGCGAGGUCAUUCGUGCCGCUUCUGGCUUGCACAGCCGGUACCCUCCCGCUUCGUCGGUCACGGAUUCCGCUCCGGCUGGGUACAGCUACGACACUAAUUCCGUCGGGUACGAGCACCCCUACGGCCCGAGACAGGGCUACUCUCGUGUCGACGAUGGCGAUCUUGCUGGAACGGCCCCUCCCGUCGGUCAACCUCCGACGGCUGCUUACUACCACGAUUCGCGCCAGUAUCAUUACACCGCGUCGCCUUACGACUCGAGCGCCGCCGUCGCUCCUUCCCGCAUGCCGCCUCCAACAACCACCGCAAGCCGCCAUGUCCGUCAUCCGAGCAGCCCGAGCAGCCCGAGCAGCCCGAGCAUGGCUCGCGCAUUGACACAGGCCGCGACGCCGCCGCAGGGAUAUACCUACUCCCCUAUGACCAGCCUGCCGCCACGAUACGAGCCGUCGCACGAGCAGCCCUAUGAGCAGACUGCUGCCGACCAGCAGAAACACUCGUACGGGGCUUCCGGCCCGCCUCACCGCUACCUCGUCGAGGACGAGUCGGCGAGGCAUCUUACUAGUACUCGUCGAUGA